AUGAAAAGAAACAAAUAUGGAAGAGAUUCAUAUGAAUAUAAAAAGGUGAAGAAGGAAGAUUGUUAUAUUCAUUCUGAUAAGAGAAAAUAUGAUGCAGAUAAAUUGAGCGAAAGUACAGAUCAGGAAAAAAAAUAUAAAAAACAUGAAAAAUAUAAAUAUGAACAUGCCAAUAAUUUAAAUAUGAAAAGAAAUAUUUCAAUAUUUCAAAAUGGAGAGGAGAAUGAAAAUAUCACAAAUUCAAUAUAUACUUCCAAAGAACAUACCAAUGAUAAUAUUAAUAGUAAAAAUAAAUCCCAUAUGAUUCAUACAAAAUAUAGUAAAGGUAAUGUUGAUAUUAUUAUUCCUCCUUCAGAUAAUUAUAAUAAUUCAUCAAAGGUAAGUAUAAAUUAUAGAAAGAUGUCAAGUAAUUAUGGAUUUUCUCAUAAGAAUAUAUUGACUGGCUCAUCAAAUCAAAAAGAUAUAAAACAUGAAAAACAUUUAAAUAUGGAAAAAAAAGAAAGCGUUAUUAAUAAUAUUAUUGAUUUAAAAAAAAGUGAAUUAUUUAUUAAAGAAGAUAAAUCAGAAGAAGAAAUAAACAAUAAUUUAAUAAAUAAAUUUUAUGGAGAUAUAAAAAUAAAAAAGACAAAUAAUAAUAUCAUAAAACCAAGUUAUGAUGUUAUUCGAAAGAAAAUUAAUACAGACAUAAAAGUAAAUGAUAUAUUAGAUAUGAUAAAAUUACCAGAAAGUGAAAAUUUAGAUAAUGAUUUAAAAACACCAUGUAUUAGUAAUCAAAAAAUAAUAAAUGAUACUAUAAAUGAAGGAAAAAAUAAUAUUAACCUUAAUACUUCUUACCAAUUUUAUAAUGAUUUAUGGACAUUUCCUUUAGAAAUGUUAGAUAAAUAUAUAUUUAAAAAUAAAAAUCAUAAUUACAAAAAAUGGAUAUCACAUUGUACAACAUUAUUUGUUUUAGGUUUACCUUUUCAAAUGAAUGAAUACAAUUUACUUCAUAAUUUAAUAGAUGUAUAUUAUAUGAAUAAAAAUUAUGACGGUGUAUUAGAUAUAAUAGAUUUAAAUAAAGAAGAUAGCUUAUUUAAUCAUUUAUAUUUAUAUUCAUAUAUAAACCAACCUAAAAAUAAAUAUAAUUUACUAUCAGAAAAAUUGGGUAUUUUAAAAUUUGAUUUAUUAUUUGGAAGUGAAUAUCAUCAAGCAAAAAAUGAAAUGCUAAAUUCAUAUUUAAAUAACAAAUAUAAAGAAUUUUAUAAAAUUAACUGUAACACAGGUGCUAUGGGGUUACUAUAUUUUAAAAAUGAACAAUGUGCUAUGGACUUUUGGUUGAUGUAUAAUAAUUAUUCAUCAUCUUUUUAUGAAAAAUAUUUAAAAUGUAUACCCGAUAUAAAUGGUAUUAAAAUUUUUAUAGAGGCAUCCAUGUUUUAUUUAACUCCAGAUUUGUUCUUAACACAAAUUAAUUAUAGUGAAUUAAAUGCAGUAUUAAAUAAUAUUCAAAAGAAAAAAGGGAAUAUAAUUCAAAUAUUUAAUGAUAUUAAAAUAUAUUAUAAUCAAUCGUCUAUAUGGAAUCUAAUAUUCUGCAAUAUAAAUAUUGAGCAUUUUUUUAAAGUCAAACAAAUGAACGAAGCUGAAAGGGGGAAUGUAAAUGAAAAUGUAAGUGUAAAUGUAAAUGUAAAUGAAAAUGUAAAUGAAAAUGAAAAUGAAAAUGAAAAUGAAAAUGUAAAUGAAAAUGUAAAUGUAAAUGAAAAUAAAAAUACACAUGCAAACACAAAUGAACAGAAUAAUAUUAACAAUAAUAUUAAUAAAAAUAUAGACUUUUUAUCCAACCAUCUUUGUAUAUCCUUUCCAUAUGUUUCUCAUUUUAAAGAUAACUUUUUAAUUCGCAUAUAUGAUACUUAUAUUAAUAAAUAUUUAAUUAAUAACGGAUUUUGUUUAUUUGCUUGCCCAUAUCUUGAUAAAGAAGGGGGAAUAAGAGUUUAUGAAUUUUUUAAAAAAUUUCAUUUAUUAGACUGGUUCUAUAACCCAAAUGAUGAAACGUGUUAUUUUUAUAUGUUUAAAACAAUUUUGAAUGUAUUUUCAAUAUUCAAAAAAAAUUUUAAAACAACAUCUGAUUAUUAUAUUUGUUGUUCACUUUUUUUAAAAUUGCCUUUUGGUAUACUUCCAGGUAUUUAUAUUACAUGCUUAACAAAUAUGAGGGAUAAAAAUAUGCAAGAAAAUGAUUACAUCAAAAUUAGUGAUUAUCAAAAUGUGAGUGGUAGCCAAAAUGUAAGUAGUAGCCAAAAUGUGAGUGGUAGCCAAAAUGUAAGUGGUAGCCAAAAUGUGAGUGGUAGCCAAAAUGUGAGUGUAAAUCAAAAUAUAAAUAGUAGUAAAAAUCAUAUUGAUCAUAAAACUGUGAACAAUACUGAGAAUAACACACUUUCACACAAUAAUGAAAAUACAAAAAGUACAUUAAAUAAUUUGAAUAAUUACCCAAAUAUAAAUUCCCAAGAUCAUAUCAUAUCACACAUUAUUGAUAAUAACUGUGUGCAAAAUAAUAAUUCGAAUUCCAAAAAAAACCUGAACACGUCAGGUGAUUUGAUGGAAAAAAAAAAAAAAAUGCAGCAAGCUAUUUUGAAAAAAAACGAAAUGCUAGCUAUGAAAAAUGAAGCUAUAUUAAUAAAUAGUAAUUCUAAACAUAAUCAUGAAGUAAUACAAAUAAAUGAAAAUAUAAAUAAUAAUAAUAAUAAUAAUAAAUUAACGAAGGCAUGUCUUGUAAUGAAAAACGAAAUUGUAAAAAAUAUAUCUUACCAAAAUUUGGACAUAAAUGAAAAUAAAAUAAGUAUAUCUGAACAAAAUACAAAGAAUAACAGUAUAAAUACAAAAAUAAAAGAUAUUAAUGGGAAUAAGAAGAACGAGCAAGAAGAUAAUAGCAAAAAAGAUAUUACAGAAGAUGAAACUAAUUAUGAUGAUACAGAUGAUCAUUCAAGUGAUGACGACGUAUAUGAAGAAGAUUUUCAUGACGAUUACAAAAAGAAAAAUAGCAAAAAAAGAAAUAAAAAAUUAUCACUUUCAAAAAAAAAUAAUAUAAAGGAAAAGGAAAAGCUUGUAACAAAUAAUAUUUCUGUAACAGUACUUACAAAAAAGGGAAAGGAGCCACUAAAAAAAAAUUCAAAAGAAAAAAAUAUAAAUUCUAAUAACAUUAUUAAAAAGCCUAAAAAUAUUGUAAAUAAAUCUAAAAGUAUACUUUUAAAAAAAAAUUGA